GGAGAUUUGGUAGAUUUUAAGAGCUCCACAGGAUGAAGAGGGGGACCCAGGCCAGACUGUCAGGUCUGCAUAAUCCUGGACUGGAGCUGGAGAUGACAGGAAGCAACAACCUGAUCCACGUCUCGGGGAGUCCUCAGGUCUCAGGGAGUCCUCAGGUCUCGGGGUGUCCUCAGGUCUCGGUGUGUCCUCAGGGGUCCAGGUCUUCAGUGUCAGCGGCAGUGAAGGCUGGAGUCCAGUGGGCAUCAUACUCCUGCAGCCGCUGGAAGCAGAGUAGAAAAAAGCUGACAGGUGACACACACACAGAGUCUGUGGUUUGAGGAGAUGUGGAUUUAUUACAGGUAUAACUCUGAUGAUCAAUACUCAGGUGUUCAGCUGGAGAUCAGUUACAGUGGUCUGGCUGAGGAUCACGAAGGUGACGAAGAUCAGCGAGACGAAACUGACACAACGAAUAAAAACCAACAUCUGAAUAAAAAACUGCUGAACUACUUCAGACAGCUGGCUGCAACCAACCACGACUCUGACCAGGUGGACCUUCAGUUUCUGGAUCAGGUGAUCUCAGACGGAGCUGAUCCCAACAGUUCAGACAGAUACGGACAGACCAUCCUGCAUGAGGUCUCCAGGGCGUGGAGUGUGGAUGUGAUGCGGUUCUUCUUGGACCGGGGCUCAGACCUCCACAGGCCAGAUCAGUUUGGAAUCACUGCGCUUCAUGUGGCCUCAGCCCUGGACUACCAGGACAUGGUUCAGUUCCUGCUGGACCAAAAAGCUGAUCCAGAGGCUCGGACUCUUCUGGACCAGCAGACCCCUCUUCACUAUGCUGCCAAAAACGAAGCCAUCGGUUCCAUCAGACUGCUGCUGCAGAACGGAGCCUCCAUCAGCUGCACCGACUACAAACACAGAACGCCAUUGCAGCUCGCCGCCAACAUGGAGCGCAGUGAAGCAGCUCGGCUGUUGUUGGAACUUGGGGCAGAGGCAGGGAUAAAGGAUUCUGACGGACAGCUCUGUAUAACCGCUCUGAUUGGUCGGAUGAGUCCAGUGGCGCUGCUGGCGCUCAGCCAGUUCCAUGUGACUGACAGAAUGACCAGACAGCAGUACUACUACCUGAACUUGCUGGAACCAGAACCACACUCACCUAAGACCCCCCUGCAAGAAGCAGUCAUCAGUGAGCCAACGUCUCCACUGGAAGUGGUGGUGCAGCAGAACAAACUGGACCUGGUCAUGAAUCCAGUCUUUCUGAAAUUAAUUCAGAUAAAAUGGAAACUGUACGGCAGGCUGGGGGCGUGGAUUCUCCUCAUCCUCAACUUCCUGUUCAAUGUCUCCUGGACGACCGUAGCCAUCUCUGUGUCCGUCCACCGAGACUCACCUGAUCGCUAUGUUCUUCCCCAGGACUGGUGGCGUGUCCUCCUUGUGGUCCUGGCGCUCCUGUUGACUGUGGAGGAGGUGCUGAGGGAGCUUCAGGACAUCCUGCGUUCCAGGAGGAAACUCCGCCUCUGGCGGCGGUGGGCGGAGCGUCGUCUCCAUGACGACCUGCACUGCUCACAUCCCAUGUGGCCUCAGGACAGAGUGUAUCUGUUGGAUCAGAUCAAACCGAUCAGCAGGAUGAGGGGAAGCUACAGCCGAGACUUCUGGAACGUGUUUGAUUGGCUCGUAUACUCUCUGCUGACGGCAUCGUUCGGUGUCCACAUGGCCGACGUGUUCCGUCCGUCUGUCAGUCUUCACACCGCCAGUCUGCGUCUGUUCUCCGUCACCAUCAUCUUCCUCUGGCUGCGACUGAUGAAGCACGUCAGAGCCUUCAGGUCAAUGGGUCCGUUCAUCGUCAUGUUGGGGAACAUUGUCGGGGACGUGAUGUGUUUCCUGUUCCUGUACUGUGAGAUCUUCGUUCCGUACGCCUGUAGCUUCUGGAUCAUGUUCGGAGGGUCGUCGUCAGUUCCCAGCAUGCAGUCUGUCUCUGGGCUGCUGUUCAGUCUGUACAGGAUCACUUUGGUGGACGAGUACGAGUACGCUGCCAUGGCGGCGGAGGACGCUGUUAUGGCUCCUCUGCUGUGUGGGACAUUUCUGGCAGCGUCGUCCAUCCUGUGUGUCAACCUGCUGAUCGCCCUGCUCACUGACACCUUCCAAAGG